UCAUUUGCUAAGAGUAAGGGAAAUUGAGAUGACUGAAGUGAUUUAUAUACUUUGAUUUAGAAUAAUCAUCAAAGUUUAAAGUCUAACUGUUCUUUCUGUUCACUUAUCGUUACGUAUUGUUUGAAAGCUGCGUAAAUCCGUAUGCAACUUGGAGUUUUUUUCAUAUUUGUAUUAAGAAAAAAAAUAAAUAGUAGCGGUGCAAUUAUUGCAAGGAUUGUUGCAGUUUAGCAGACUGUGGGUAGUACUUUUCGUUUCAUAAGCAUACUAUGGUGCUAACUAAAAAACCGUCAAGAGACCCCACUACCCUUCUGCCUUCUGUACAGGAGGUGAAAGACGCUGAACAAGACAUGGAGGAACGGGGCGCUGAUACAUCUCUGGAAAUAGGAGGAUCAUUCACUACCAGACCGCCGAGCAGACCUCUUAAAGCUUUUAGUCGUGGCAGCAUCGAUCCUAAGACAAUUGUACGGCCUACCAGCACUUACACUGCAUAUCAAAUUGAGGAAGUCAACCAGGGACCGAGUGCACAAGCAGAGGAAGAUGAAGAAAUAGAAGCUGAGCCAGUCAAGUCUGAUGGAAGCUUUGAUGAUGUAAACGCAAGUGAGGAAGAGUGGGACACUGACUUAGAAAUGGAAGAUACUAAACAAUCAUAUGAUGCUACCGGAAGAACUGGAUACAAAGAAGCCUGCAAAAGAUAUGGAGUAGUACCAAUAUCAUAUUUUUUACGACAUAUGCAAGACUCUGAGUUCACCAUGAUGCAUCGUGGCCUUGGUCCUCAGGAUGCAAAAGCACUGUCUGUUGCCCUAAUUAGCAAUACAACCAUCUUAAAGUUAAAUCUGCGAGACAACUGGCUGCAAGGAGAAGGUGGUGCAGCUGUUGCAGAAAUGCUGAAAGAAAACUGCUUCAUCACAGAUGUCGACUUAUCGGAAAACAAGCUUGAAAAGAAAGGUGCCAUGGCCAUUGCUUCCAUGCUGCUGGAGAACACUGCUCUAGUGAAGGUCACCCUAUCGGGAAAUGAGUUUGAUGAUAAUGCUGCAGAGUAUCUCGCUGAAGCCAUUAUGAGUAAUCAUAAGGUGGAAUCAAUGGAUCUAAGCCACAAUUUGCUAGCAGAACGAGCAGGAGAGGUAAUUGGAAAUGCCAUAGCAGAAAAUACUGGGAUGAAGGAACUUGAUCUCAGCUGGAACUGCUUGCGCAGUAAAGGAGCAAUCGCUUUGGCAAAGGGCUUAGGAGCCAAUAUAUUCCUGCGAGUGUUGAACUUGUCCUACAAUGGGUUUGGAAAAGAGGAAACAGCUGCACUUGGUGAAGCUCUCAAGGUUAACAAUGUUCUUGAAGAACUUAAUAUUAGCAACAAUCGGAUUUCUCCAGAAGGGGCCGUGCGCUUGGCAAUGGGUCUUAGAGAAAACAAGACUUUAAGAAUUCUGAAGAUGGGUCGGAAUCCCAUGCAAAGUGCUGGGUGCUAUGGGAUACUCAAGUCUGUUCAUGACAACUCUGGAUCCAGUUUGGAAUUAUUGGAUUUCUCUGAUAUUACUGUUAACAAGGAUUUUGAUGAGUUAUACAAUGUUGUAAAGGAAACCUUCUCAAGUCUCCAAGUCAUACAUGGUGGAAAUGCUGACAUACUCAAGAGAAGGAAACCAAAGGCAAAUCCACUGGCUAAACUGAAGCAACACAUUGUGGAAAACAAUAUUCGACUGGUGGAUUUCUUUGAAAAAGUGGAUGAAGACAAGAGCACGCUCAUCACCCGUUCAGAGUUUCAGCAAGGACUAAUGAAUGCAGGAAUUCCCCUAAGUCAAGAUGAACUUCAGAAUCUGAUGGACUUUCUAGAUAAAGACAAGAAUGGAGAAAUUGAUUUCAGUGAGCUUAUCCAUUCACUAAGUGCCUGAUGCAAGAAUGCAUGAACUCCUUAUUUUUUAAUCAGCUAAGAAGAAUGACUACAUAACUCACAUGUGGACUAACAGCUCAUGAUGUCUGCACAGUAUUUGUAGUAACAAUCUGCAUAGUGACUGCAUGCUCACUGCUUACUAAGCUUCAUUACUAAGUCAGCCAUCAUGUCACCAUUUGUUCAUCUUCCAUAUCAUGUAUGAUUAAUCACUUUAAAAAAUUAAUAGCACAUCAAAACUACAUAAAAAGUAAUUGCUGUUUUAACACCACAGUGGUUUUAUAUAAAAUUGUUCAUACAAGCUGUCAUAAACCUCUGAUGUACAUGAAUAUAGAUGGCAUACUCUUGAUGUACGUAUGUAUGUGCAUACAGCAUCAGUAAAUCUCAAAAAGAUUUUGAAAAGUGCAACACAAUCCUGCAAAAAGGACACAAGAUAGGAACAGAAGGGGGAAGGGAGAGCUGAAUGCAAAAUGUUAAAAAGUAAUAGUUUUUGUUGGAGAAUUUCAUUAUUUCAAAUUAAAAUAGCAUGAACAGAAAUUAACAAGGAAACAAAGAGAAACAGAAUGCCAAGAUCCUAUCCAUCCAAGUAGCGGAUCCAAGCCAUCAACUUUUCCUUACAGACACUUUUCCAGUGCUCUAGCUUCUACCCGCUCCCUUAAUGCAUUGCACUCUUACAAUCUCCCUGAUCUUAUUUGCCAUCAUCUACAUCAGACACAGUUCUACAGGGUUCAUCCAAAUCUUUCAGAUAAAUUAACCUUUUUUACUUUAUUAUUACUGUCUCAGUAACUUUGAAAAAUAAAACCUGGAACCAAUCCAUUCAUUAGAUUUCAUAGGUACCAUGUGGAGACUGCAACAAACAAUACUAGACUGUCUGCACAAGGACUGCUUCCCUCAGAUUACAAAUCAUAGACCUUCUUCAGCACAAUUCCUGUCCAGUUUCCAUAGUACUACAAACAUUGGAAACAGUGGCAGCAGCCAUUUCCCUGGUUCCUUACAGCCAGAUACCAUAUCAGAGUGCUAAAAGGGGCACUCAGCAUACAAUACACUCAGUCCGCUUACUCAUUCACUUACUCAGUUCAGUUUCCUAUCUGAUUGUAUACAGUUUGCAAGACUCAUCUAAAGUGGUGGAUUCAAUCCCUCCAGUACAAGUGGGCUGUUCCUUUGUUCUUCCCCUUCCACCAGCCACAGUUACCACUGAUGCCACCUCUCAGGGAUAGGGCAGGGGUGCACUAUGAAAAAGUAUAGUCCAAAGAACAUGGUCACACCAAGAGGCUUGCCAUCACAUCAGUAUUCUAGAGAAAUGAUUUCAGUCCAUGCAGAAACAACAUUAAAGCUGUGUGUUACAUCAACAAGCAUGGAGGAACCUGUUCAUACCCCUUGUGCUGAGAGACGUUGAGAUGCUGGCAAUGGAAAUGUCUUCAUAACAUUUUCUAAUAACAAUGCAUAGUUCAAGUUAGACCAGUCUUUUAGCAGGCAGACUAUGUCAUUGAAUCUUGAUACCAAGUAAAUGACCCCUGAACCACACAUUAGCAAGCAAAAUCUUAGCUACUAAAGCCAGCCUUACUGAAACUUAUUUGGCUCCCCAGCUAAAACAAAAUGCAACAGCUACUUUACCCUCAUCCCUCAACAAGGACACACACCCAGGAAUGUUCUGGCCACACCUUGGCUACCUGUUCAACUAAAUUUAUUAGUCCAUCUUCCACUAAUGACAAAGUUUCUGUAGAAAGCCUCCGUGCAAGGUGAAAGCUAUUCAAAUAUCAACUUUCUGGUCCAGACAAAUAAGAUUCCCAGUGGUCUGGCCUUACAUACAUGACCUCAAUUGUUACUAUAUCCUCAACUGAAUCUCCUGUCUCACUCAUCCAACCAGCUUCACCCACACAUCAUCUUCCCCAGACUAAAUAAAUGGUUUCUCCAAUUCUAAUGAGCGCCCAUAAUCCAACCUUACCUACCAGUUUUAUACAACUUCUUCCUGCCUAUCAAAAACAACCUGCCAGAAAGUUAUGCAUAAGUAAAUGGAAAAGAUUUUCUAUUUUGGCAGUGUGUCAAAUACUGGACCCUUUAUUAGCAUGUAUUCCCUCUGUAUUAUAAUUCUUAACCAUCAUAUUUUAUUCCAUCUCCAGCUAUUUAACUGUUAAGGUUUAGCUAGCAGCCAUUUCAAAUUUUCAUCAAGGUGUCAGUUCAAAUUCUCUGAUUUCCCAGAAGAUCUAGACCUUCUUAAAAAGCAAUUUUCUCUUCAGAUCACCUAUCAAGGACCCCACUCCGCCAUGAGAUUCAAUUUUUGUACUUCCAGCUCUUAUGCAGCCACCAUUUGAGCCUGACUUAAACUAUGUAAUAAAGCACCUGUCCUAAAAAAUAGUACUAGUCACCUCAGCCAGAUGAACAUCUGAACUUCAUGUCAUCUUGCAAAGCACUAUACCUAGUUUUCCAUAAAGAGAGAGCCUCCCUCAGACCACAUCCUACCUUUGUUCCUAAAAUUACUUUUGAAGAACCAGACCUGCCAUUUACUCAUUUUCUUCUCAAGCCACAGAAAAAAAACAGAGAGUCUGUGUUGCCUACUUUAGAUGUUUCCAGACUACUUUGAUUUUAUCUUCUCAGGACAAAAUCCUUGGAUAAAGACAACCAACUGUAUGUGUCUCUUUCUCCAGAAAAACAAGGAGCUAAAGUCUCGACACUCUCCAGAUGGCUUUCAGAUUGUAUCACUUUAUUCUAUGUGUAAUAAACAAUAGGGCAGAAGACCAAAGAUCAAUCUCAUCUUCCCUGGCCUUUUUCAAGAAUCCUUCUAUAGAUGACAUUUGUGCUGCAGCAACUUAGUCAAGCUAUUCUGUCAUGAUGCCACCCAGGAAGAAAGCAAGGAAUUCUGUCCCAAUAAUUGAGAUGGAUGGACAGGACUGUAUAGGAUAUAAUGGUUAUAUACUUACCAUAAGGAUUGAUCCUUAUUGUCUUUCUCCAUUCAUAUUGACAAUGCUCUCACCAUCCCUGCAUCAAAAAUGUCAUCAUCCUUACUGGCUAAACCUGGCAGGCCUAAACCCAAAGCUUUUCUCCAUACCUCCUUAAUAAUAUGAUGUCUGAUGUGAGCAAACAGUCUUAGAGACAGAAGGCUGCAAUGCACUAUGGAAGACAGAGGAAAGUAAACACCGGAGAAGCAUCUGUGAGGAAAACGUUGCUGUCUUAGAUUCACCAUGAAGGUAGAUAACCCAACAGCUGAGAUAGAUGGAGAGAGAUAAUAAAUUUCCGCCAUUAUGGUAAGUACACAACUUUUGUGUAUUUUGAAUAUAAUGUACUGCUUGUGUUGGAAGUGAAACAUCAAAAUGGUAUAUAUAAAACACGUUUUAUUUUCCUUUGGCUUUUCUGUCUUCUAUUCAGUAAUGCUAUUUUGAAGUAUGAUCACCUCUGUCAUUAAACAGCAUGUUUUUUUUU